AGAAGACCAUUUUGAGAGUAAAAGACUCCUCUCCCUGGGCCAGUCUCCCCUGUCAUUAGAGAGCUGAGGUGCAUUUCCGGCCACAGGAGGACAUGAUUUAAGGUGAAAAGACACAAGUGAUCACCUUUCCCCAAAGCUGGCUGGGGCCAUGACAAGUGUCCUUUUUAUUCUUCAACUUGCAACAAUACCUGCCACAAUAAAUGAUGGAAGUUAACAUCACUUAUGUCACUGAAUUUGUUCUCAAGGGAAUUACAGACCAGCCAGAGCUUCAGGCCCCAUGCUUUGUGGUGUUUUUACUCAUCUAUCUGGUGACAGUGCUGGGUAACCUUGGAUUGAUAACCUUAAUCCAAACUGAUGCUCGACUCCACACACCUAUGUAUUAUUUCCUCAGUCACUUGGCCUUUGUUGACUUUUGUUACUCUUCUGCUAUCACGCCGAAGAUGAUGGUGAAUUUUGUUGUGCAAUAUAACACCAUUUCUUUCCAUGCCUGUGCCAUUCAACUGGGUUGUUUUCUCACUUUCAUGAUUACUGAGUGUUUCCUUCUAUCUUCUAUGGCCUAUGAUCGCUAUGUGGCCAUCUGUAGUCCGCUGCAUUAUUCAACGGUGAUGUCCAGACGGGUCUGUGUUCAGCUGGUGGCAGUUCCAUACAUAUACAGCUUUCUGGUUGCCCUGUUCCAUACCAUUCUCACCUUCCGUCUAACUUACUGUGGCCCCAAUGUCAUCAAUCAUUUUUACUGUGAUGACAUUCCCCUCAUGGCUCUGUCCUGCUCAGACACACACAUGAAGGAGAUUAUGAUCUUUGCCUUUGCUGGCUUUGAUAUGAUCUGUUCCUCUUCCAUUGUCCUCAUCUCCUAUGCCUUUAUCAUCUCUGCCAUUGUAAGGAUGCGCUCUGCCCAAGGGCGACGCAAGGCCAUUUCUACCUGUGGCUCCCAUAUGGUGGCUGUUACUAUUUUCUAUGGUACCUUGAUCUUUAUGUACCUGCAGCCCAAAUCCAACCACUCCCUGGACACGGACAAAAUGGCAUCUGUAUUUUACACGGUGGUGAUUCCCAUGUUGAACCCUCUCAUCUACAGUCUCAGAAACAAAGAGGUGAAAGGUGCCUCCAAGAAAGUCUUCAGUAAAGGAUGUGAAACCUUCAAAAUAUUAAAAUUAAGAAAAUAAGAAUAAAUGCUUUAUUAAAUGUCAAAAGGGAAGGACAUCAGGCUUUCUUUUGCUGACAUUUCAUGUAUUUCUUGCAGUAUGAAACUGAGAAUAUGACUGUUACUUUGACAGACCUUGACAUUUUCUACAAAGAUGUAGGUCAAUCCUGGAAACUCAGCAUGAUUCAGACACUUGUUUGGCCUUUAGAGACCACUGAGAUGAUGUUCAAACACAGGAACACUCAUAGACACACAUUUGUGGAUCUCAAACAAAGGCAGUGGCGUGUUUUUGUUAGGACUCAGGACUCUGGGACCAAGACUGCCUGAGUUUGAAUUCCAUCUCCUUCCUUUAUUAGCUGUGCAACCUUGGACAAUUGGUCUGAACUCUUUGACUCUUUCCCCAGUUUUAGAAAAUAAUAAUUGUACAGUGGGGAAUUGUAACCCAUCCCACU